AUGUCCCAUCAUCAUCAUCAUCAUCAUCACCAUCACAACCAUUUAGACGGUGCUUUCGAUAACGUAGGAAGUGAAGCUAAGUAUGUUUCAAUGGAUUCUGACAGAGAUAGAGAGGGAUUUGUAAGAAAAGUUUAUGGAAUUCUCAGUGCACAACUUAUCUUCACAAGCAUCGUUGUCACCAUCGUUAUGCAAAUAGAUGAUUUUCAGACAUGGUUUGUCGACAACAUGUGGUUUUUGUUCACGCUGAUUGGAAUUGAAUUCGUUUGCUUAUGCUUUCUCUUAUGUUCCAAAAAGCUAGCUAGAAAAGUUCCAACAAAUUACAUCAUUCUCUCCAUUUUCACUUUGUGUGAAAGCCUUAUAGUUGGAGCUAUAGCUUCAUUUUAUGAUCCAGUGUCAGUUUUUAUUGCUGCUCUGAUGACCUUAGGUGCAACACUUGGGCUAACAGCAUAUGCAAUGUAUGCUAAACAAAACUUUAAUGCACUUUUAGGAAUAUUAUUUAGUUUUGUAUUCAGCAUACUCAUUUUUGGAAUUCUCAUAGCUAUUUUCUUCGAUACGCAUGCACUUGAUACCCUUAUUUGUCUUGGAUGGGUCGUUAUAUAUUCAAUAUAUAUAGUGAUUGAUACCCAACUGAUUUUAGGAAACGGUAAAUACGGAUUAUCAAAUGAAGACUAUAUUCCUGGAGCUCUUUUCUUAUACAUCGACAUUAUUAGGCUCUUUAUUUAUAUUCUUGCUCUAUUCGGCAAUAAGAAGUAG